GUUGAUCAUCAUCAUCUGACGCCCGACUUCAAUCACAAAGAUGCAGGAAAACAGCCCUGGUCGGCGGGGUAAAGCUAGGAUCUUAGCCGAGGAGUACAACCACUCACUCGGCAAACUCAUCGGCACGAAGAGGAGGGUAAAGCCAAGUCGUAAGGCGGCAUUCAUGGCCGCCUUUCCUGUUAAAGCCACGCCAAGACUCCAUUCUGAUGAAGAGGGAGCAUCCGUCCAGUCACGGAGAGAUGCGUCAGUAAACCAUUCUGAGCACGGCGAAACUUCAACAACAGAAGAAACAAUCAGUAAAGCUGGAGUGAAAAGUCCCGUCGAUGUGAGACAGAAGUUGCAGGUUUUUGUCCGAGGUCUCCUCUUACCAAAGACACUUUGCCUGCAAGUGGAUCCAGAGACAUCGGUAUCUGAUUUAAAGGCCUUGGUGGAAAGAGAGAGUGGCAUCCAGCCUGAAAAUCAACACCUUUACAUUGGGAGAAACUUUCAGCUUUGUGACCUUCUCUCCAUUCGCGACCAUGGGAUACAACAAGACCAGAACAUCGAGCUUCGCGCUGGCGGCUUGCUAGGCGGUGGACUAUUAGAAGAAGAACCGUCGAGAAACAAAUACUUCUUAAAAUUGUCAAGCGGGCUUGGACCACAAUGGGAGGACCUUGCCUUCACUUUGGGAUUUUUGGUCAGUGAGGUCGACACAUUCAGAGUAAACCGCCAAGGAAACGUAAAACAGCAGAGCUUCAGGAUGUUAGAUGCAUGGUGGAAGAAACAGGACAUCCCCGCAGACGCUCCUGAGAAGCUGAGAGACGCUCUGAAAGAAAUCGGCCGUGUAGACUUAGCAUUGCAAACACCAGAUAUAAGAGCUAACCGAAAAGACGUUGCAGAAACUUCUUUCGAGGUAAAACUGUGUGCAAGAGAAUUGGCAGCGCAUUACCGGGAGACGAUGAAAGUGACGACACAUCCUAAAGAGAGACACAUGUCCAGAGAGAUGGAUGACAUCUACGUCAAGCCACUGCUACUGCACGAGACCAACAUUCCCACUCCCGCCUCCACAUCACAGACAAAGAUGCAGUUAGAAACAGGCAGCAAAUCGAUGCACUCCAAAGCUUCGAAAAGAGCAGCUGGAAGCAUUAAGACAGUUACUUUGUCAGGAAACAAUAUACACGGUUUGCAGCCCAUUGAGCGGUAG